UAGUCACCUACUUUCCCUGCACCCUAAACGCCGCCCUAAGGGCGGCGGCGCCAGCGACCGCGGUUAUUGCAGCUGCUCAGGGGCAGGGCUUGCCCCAGCGCCGAGUAGUGGCAGCUGCGGCGUGUUGCGUCGUUGGGGGUGCCUGGGAGCCGGGAACCAGCUCCCCAGACAGACACACUCUCACACAGGAAGAGGUGAUACCGGAUCAGUUGGGGCAGCGGGAGCACCCCGAGGGUCUUCCCCAAGUUGAGAAGAGGUGGGGUUACAGGACACAGGUGUUAGGGCCGGAGAAAGAUGGAGCAGCCCGGGGCGGCGGCGUCGGGCGCGGGAGGCGGCAGCGAGGAACCCGGUGGGGGCCGGAGCAACAAGCGGAGCUCCGGGAACCGGGCCCUCAACGAAGAGGAAACGAAAAACAAACCCAAAUUGAACAUUCAAAUAAAAACUUUGGCAGAUGAUGUGCGUGACCGAAUUACAAGUUUUAGAAAAUCUACAGUCAAAAAAGAAAAACCUCUUAUUCAACAUCCUAUUGAUUCUCAAGUUGCAAUGAGUGAGUUUCCAGCAGCUCAACCAUUAUAUGAUGAACGAUCUUUGAAUUUGUCAGAAAAAGAAGUACUGGAUCUUUUUGAAAAAAUGAUGGAGGACAUGAACCUUAAUGAAGAACGAAAAGCUCCUUUACGAAACAAAGAUUUUACCACCAAGCGUGAGAUGGUUGUCCAGUAUAUUUCUGCUACUGCCAAAUCUAUAGUUGGAAGUAAAGUUAUGGGAGGUCUGAAAAACAGCAAACAUGAAUGCACCUUGUCUUCACAAGAAUAUGUUCACGAAUUACGAUCUGGUAUUUCAGAUGAGAAACUUCUUAAUUGCCUUGAAUCUCUGCGUGUUUCUUUAACCAGCAAUCCUGUCAGCUGGGUUAACAACUUUGGACAUGAAGGUCUUGGACUCUUAUUGGAUGUGCUGGAAAAGCUUCUGGACAAGAAACAGCAAGAAAAUAUAGACAAGAAGAAUCAGUAUAAACUUAUUCAGUGCCUCAAAGCAUUUAUGAAUAAUAAGUUUGGAUUGCAAAGGAUUCUAGGCGAUGAAAGGAGUCUUUUGCUAUUGGCAAGAGCAAUUGAUCCCAAACAACCCAACAUGAUGACUGAAAUAGUAAAAAUACUUUCUGCUAUUUGCAUUGUUGGAGAAGAGAACAUUCUAGAUAAACUUUUAGGAGCUAUAACUAUAGCAGCAGAAAGAAAUAAUAAGGAACGAUUUUCACCAAUUGUGGAAGGAUUAGAAAAUCAUGAGGCUUUGCAAUUACAGGUGGCCUGCAUGCAGUUUAUAAAUGCCCUUGUCACUUCACCUUAUGAACUUGAUUUUAGAAUACAUUUAAGGAAUGAAUUCCUACGUUCAGGACUAAAAACAAUGUUACCAGAUCUAAAAGAAAAAGAGAAUGAUGAGCUUGAUAUUCAGCUGAAAGUAUUUGAUGAGAACAAAGAAGAUGACCUAACUGAAUUAUCACACCGUCUCAGUGACAUUCGAGCAGAAAUGGAUGAUAUGAAUGAAGUGUAUCAUCUUCUAUAUAACAUGUUGAAGGAUACUGCUGCUGAAAAUUACUUAUUAUCCAUUCUACAACAUUUUUUGCUCAUCAGAAAUGAUUAUUAUAUCAGGCCACAGUAUUACAAAAUAAUUGAGGAGUGCAUUUCACAGAUAGUGCUGCACUGCAGUGGUAUGGACCCAGAUUUCAAGUAUAGGCAAAGAUUAGACAUUGAUUUUACACAUCUGAUAGAUUCUUGUGUGAACAAGGCAAAAGUUGAAGAAAGUGAACAAAAAGCAGCAGAAUUUUCAAAGAAGUUUGAUGAAGAAUUCACAGCUCGACAGGAAGCUCAAGCUGAGCUUCAAAAAAGAGAAGAAAAAAUUAAAGAGCUUGAAUCAGAAAUCCAGCAACUUCGAACCCAGGGACAUGGAUUCUUAGGUUCAUCAGGAAUUCCAGGCCCUCCUCCACCACCUCCAUUGCCAGGUGGUGGGACAUCCCCACCCCCACCACCUCCACCAGCACCACCUUUACCUGGCGGACCUCUCCCUCCUCCUCCACCUCCUUUACCUGGAAUAAUUGGUAUACCACCACCACCACCACCACCUUUGUUUGGGGGACCUCCUCCACCACUUCCCCCUGGAGGAGGAAUUCCUCCUUUUCCAGGAGAACCACUUGAUCUGCCUUAUGGGAUGAAGCAGAAAAAAAUAUAUAAACCUGAGGUGCCCAUGAAGAGAAUCAAUUGGUUAAAGAUUGAACCCAAAGAAUUAUCUGAGAACUGUUUCUGGUUAAAAGUUAAGGAGGACAAGUUUGAAAAUCCAGAUCUCUUUGCAAAAUUGGCACUGAAUUUUGCUACCCAGAAAAAAGUUCAAAAGAAUGUAGAAGCUUCAGAAGAAAAGAAGAUCUUGCCUGCAAAGAAGAAAGUGAAAGAAUUGAGAAUUUUGGAUCACAAAAUGGCCCAGAAUCUGUCUAUAUUCCUAGGAUCAUAUCGUAUGCCAUAUGAAGAUAUAAAAAACAUCAUUCUGGAGGUUAAUGAAGACAUGCUGAGUGAAGCCUUAAUUCAGAACCUUGUCAAAUAUCUUCCUGAGCAGAAAGUACUCAGUGAAUUAGCACAGCUGAGGAAUGAAUAUGAUGACCUAUGUGAACCUGAACAAUUUGGUGUUGUGAUGAGCUCAGUGAAAAUGUUGCGGCCUCGUCUAGAUAACAUUCUUUUCAAGCUCACGUUUGAAGAACAUGUAAACAACAUCAAACCAAGCAUCAUAGCAGUAACUCUUGCCUGUGAAGAAAUGAAGAAAAGUGAAAGCUUUAACAGACUUUUAGAGUUAGUUCUUUUGGUUGGAAACUACAUGAACUCAGGCUCUAGAAAUGCCCAGUCUUUGGGUUUUAAAAUCAACUUCCUUUGUAAGAUCAGAGAUACUAAGUCAGCAGAUCAGAAAACAACUCUCUUGCAUUUUAUUGCUGAAAUUUGUGAGGACAAAUACCGGGAUAUCCUGAAAUUUCCUGAAGAACUGGAACAUGUAGAAAGUGCAAGCAAAGUUUCAGCUCAAAUUCUCAAGAGCAACCUUACAGCAAUGGAACAACAAAUUGUUCAUCUGGAACGUGACAUCAAGAAAUUCCCCCAAACAGAAAAUCAACAUGAUAAGUUUGUGGAGAAAAUGACAAGCUUUACAAAGAGUGCCAGAGACCAGUAUGAAAAACUGCUCACCAUGCACAACAACAUGCUAAAGCUCUAUGAGAAUCUUGGAGAAUACUUUAUUUUUGACUCUAAGACAGUGAGCAUAGAAGAGUUCUUUGGUGAUCUCAGCAACUUCCGAACUUUAUUUCUGGAAGCUGUGAAAGAAAACAACAAGAGAAAAGAAAUGGAAGAGAAGACUAGGAGGGCAAAGCUUGCAAAAGAGAAAGCUGAACAAGAAAAGUUAGAACGCCAGAAGAAAAAGAAACAACUCAUUGAUAUAAACAAAGAGGGUGAUGAGACUGGUGUGAUGGAUAAUCUUCUAGAAGCCCUACAAUCAGGUGCAGCGUUCCGAGACCGCAGAAAGCGGAUUCCAAGGAAUUCAGAUAACAGACGAGUGCCAUUGGAAAGGUCACGCUCUCGCCACAAUGGAGCUAUCUCAUCCAAGUGAUUCCUGAUGCCAAAGAAUAUGAAAAUAUUUAAGUAAACAAAAUUAUACAUUUUGAGAAGAACAAAACAUCCACUCAAGGGAGGGAGAGGAAAUAAAUGCAUUUAUGCAAGGAUCAAGCUAAGCUGGGUGAAAUAACAUUGUAAAGCUAUUGCAAGAUGCCACUCACAAUUAUGCUAAUACAAACACAGUUACAAGGAUUAUAAAAACGUGUUCCAUUUUAGUGUAAAGAUGUGUAUUAUUUGUUAUUGUGUGUGACCUGAUGGUAAUGAUGAAAAGUAUAAGAAGUUCAAAAGCAUUCAGUCUGUCAAAAAAUUACAAUGUUAAUCAAUUUUGGGGGUCACCUCCCCUCAAAAAAAGGAAAUGAAAGGAAUAGAAAGAAAGAAUUAUUCAAUAUCUGCUUUUGAUUCCUGUUACAUAGAAAAAGAAAAGGCCAAUGACAAUGUGUGUAUUAAUGAUUUGGAGAGGCACUCUGUAAGAGAAGCCAUUUUGGAAACUAAAAAAAAUUACUGCUGCGACCCCAUGAGUUUAUUUAGAAUCUUAUCUCAAGUGAAAGCUGGUGGAUUCAUCUGCUUUGGCUGAAAUUAAACUUAUCAUUAAUCUAGAGUUUCAGCAUGAUGUUGCAGGCACUUAUCAUUGCUAAAAAUAAACCAGAGUUUAACAGAAGCAGUUAGAGAAAGUGAUUUAAACUUCAUUUAAAGAGGUAUUUUCUAUUUAUGCACAUAUAUCUACUUUAUACAAAUACUUCAUAUCACUAUUUUUGACAAAAAUCUUACGAUUUUAAUGUUUAUUCUGAGAUGAACCUGAAAAUUAUAUUACCUUUACUAAGCUUUUUAAAAGGUAAAUAUUGAUUCCUGUUCUCUGUGGUUUAUUUCUUCUAUUGCUUCUUUCUCCCAUGGCCCCCUUAAAAGCAGGGAAUAGAGUUUCUAAAAGACCUGAGAGGAAAAAGAUUUCUCUCCACAGGCAGCAGGAAACUUUCUGAAAGGUCAACUGUUUUAUUUGCCUUUCUACUCCUCUUUCCAAUUCUGCCUUGUAGUCUGAAGAAGAAAAAAAAAUUAUAUAUAUGUAUGUGUAUAUAUGUGUAUGUGUUUAUAUCUCCCGCUACAAUAAUUCCACAACCCAGUGGCCAAGUGAACUUCUCAGUCAUCAUCAUACUUACUUACCUUGUAUUAACAAAUUAAAAUGAUGCUGCCAAAACAA